AUGGCAGGCCCUCUAGGCACCCCGAAUGCCCAAUUUUCUGCCUCGCCCUACAUGCAUCCUUUCCGCCCUGCCUCUUCCAUGAGUGCAAACCGCUUCGACGAAGGCUACUCCGAGGACACCAGGAGCCAGAAUGAGGGCGACAUGGUUAUGCGCAGCGAUGUGCAGCUGACUGACAGCGAGAUGGGAGUCAACUCGCCCUUCGUCCUGCCCGACUGGGUCAUGGCUCUGAGCGAGAACGAACGGAGUGAAUUCGCCUAUGCCAUUCUUCGCUCGCUGCGGACCUCCUCGAUAGCCGGCAUCGUCGAAAAGCUCAACCCUCUCCUCCACCUCGACCCCGUAAUACACCUGCCUCCUGAAAUCACUUUCCAAAUCCUCUCGUACCUGAACCCCGAGACGCUCUUGCGCGCAUCAACACUGUCCCGGUCGUGGAGGGAGCGGGUGCUGGACAGCCCCCUGUGGAAGCUGCUUUUUAGACUAGAAGGCUGGAACUCCAACUUCCCCCAGGUCCGCGCAUACGAAGAGGCGCAGAGACAGAAACGCGCAGAGUUUAAAGAGAAGGAGCGAAAGACGCGACACAGAGCCGCCGAGGAUACCGACUAUGGCAAGCCAUCCCACAAGAAGCGCGUGCGGGAACGACAGUUGUUUGGCGACGGCGCCGCGUCAGAAAAUGGCACGCAGAUGUCAGCAGGCGCGGGCUCUACUAGCAACGUAUGGGGCGAGCAGCACGGAGCAGUUGAGGCUGACGACAGUCCGUCUGUCAAGUCGGAGGACAAGAUGGAGGGCAUCUCGUUCCAUGGCGCAUCACCUACAGCAUCGCCUGCUGCUAUAGCACGCAAAGAAAGAAGACAGGAUGCUUCGUCUGAAGAAAUAUCGCCCGCGCUCGCAGUAGCAGACACGAACGGACCUCCCAUACACCCGUCACUCCUGCUCCCUGGCCCGGAAGCCAGGAUCAACUGGCAAUACCUUUACAAGCAGAAGAGGAGGUUAGAAGAGAACUGGAGCACCGGUCGUUAUUCCAAUUUCCAGCUACCACACCCGAACCACCCAGAAGAAGCUCAUACCGAAUGUGUGUAUACUAUACAGUAUUCCGGGAAGUACCUGGUCAGCGGCAGCAGGGAUAAGAGCAUCAGAAUCUGGAAUCUGGAUACCCUUCGCUUGGUACAUCCACCACUCACUGGUCACCAAGCUUCCGUUCUGUGCUUACAAUUCGACGAACGCCCUGAUCAGGACAUUGUUGUGUCAGGUGGCAGCGACUGCAAAGUUAUCCUUUGGAAGUUUUCAACCGGACGUAUCAUCAAGGAAAUCGAAAGGGCGCAUUCGGAGUCGGUUCUGAAUCUAAGAUUCGACGAUCGCUACCUGGUCACAUGCUCGAAAGACAAGACGAUCAAGGUCUGGAAUCGCAAGGAGAUGAUGCCAACGGACGACACGUACCCUUCAUCUACCAUGAAGUCGAGCGCUCGGUUCCCUUCCUACAUCAUCAAUAUGCAGGAACACGUUGAAAACCAACACCUUCAUUUCAAACCCCUUCUUCCAUACAGCCUCAUCAUGACGCUAGAAGGCCACGGCGCUGCAGUCAAUGCCAUCCAGAUUCUUGACGGGCAAAUUGUCUCAGCAUCUGGAGAUAGGAGCGUCAAAUGCUGGGACGUCCGCACCGGCGCAUGCACAAGGACAUUUUCAGGUCACACCAAGGGCAUUGCUUGUGUUCAGUUCGACGGACGACGCAUUGUUAGUGGAAGCUCAGACGAAAGCGUACGCAUCUUCGACCGCGCGACAGGAGCUGAAGUGGCCUGUCUGAACGGCCACAGUAAUCUUGUGCGCACCGUGCAAGCUCAAUUCGGCGACCUUCCUGGCAACGAAGAAGAGCUUGAGGCCGAAGCGCGGUCCGUCGAUCGGAACUACUUUGCAGCACAAGCUAGUGGUCUGCUCGCUGACCAAAACCUUACCAGGGCUGAGCGACGUGCUCGCAACGCUGGUUCCCGCGACCCAUCCAAGAUAUUCGCCUAUGGGGCUAAACUCCCACCGGGUGGCGGCGGCAGCAAAUGGGCGCGCAUCGUCUCAGGCUCCUACGACGAAACAGUCAUCAUCUGGAAGAGAGGACCUGAUGGAACCUGGGAGAAAUCUCAGACACUCCUACAGAACGAUGCUGUCCGAGCUGCUGGCGGCCGCCCACGAAGGCCAGUUAAUCAUGCUGCCAACGCGAAUGCGAACCACGGUGCCCAACACCACAACCAACCAGCUAACGCCCAAGCUCCUGCGCAACAGAACAACUUCCAGGCUCUCGCACAGCAGGCUCAAGCUCAGGCUCAAGCAGCUCAGACAUUGGCCCUGCAAGCCAAUGCCCUCCACGCAGCAUCCCAAGCAAUGCAUGGUCCGGCUGCCAACAACGCAAAUGCAAACGCAGCCACCCACAACGCGGCAGGAAACAACGCAAACGCUGCAAACGCAACAACAGCACAAGGCGCCGCAGGCCCAGCUAACGCCGCACCACACCACCACCAUCACCAUCACCAUCACCCCCCUCACCCGCUCGCCGCACCCCUCAACGCCAACAACGGCACAAACUCGCGAGUCUUCAAACUCCAGUUCGACGCCCGCAGGAUCAUCUGCUGUAGUCAAGAUCCGACGAUCGUUGGAUGGGACUUUGCCAAUGGGGAUAAGGAUAUUAUGCUUGCCAGUCAAUUCUUUGGCGACUCUUACUAG